UUGUAAGAUUCAUUGACUAGAACACGGAAGUAGGGUUGUGAAUGAGUAUGUUUUGAUUUUGAACAUAAUUUUUUUUGUGGAGUAACGAAAGCCCACUGAACUCAGGACCAGUCGGGGGCUCUUUGAUACCAAAGACUCCAUAUCCACUCCUUGCUGUGUGAAAAGUGAAUGUGAUCAGGAGGACCCACGUCAAGAAGCCAUACGAGCUGAAUACCCAAACACUUAGUCCACUGAAAUAUGUCUAAACUACAGUCGUUUCGUAUGUUUUUAAAUGAUCGUUUAACGGCGGCUGCUAUUGAGAUUUUCGGUGCAUUUGAGAAAACGGUAGUGGAGUACCAGGAAGAGAAUGAGUGGCUACGGGGACUGCUGCGUAUAACACCAGAGAUUCAACUAUCUCGAAUAGACUCCCUGCAGCUCUCUGUCUCUGAAGAGGAGGUUCACCCUGAGCAGCAGCACUGUGAGCAGGAGUGGAGCCCCAGUCUGGGACAGAAGGACCCGGAGACCAUACAGAUUAAAGAGGAACAGGAGGAAGUCAGGACCAGUCAGGAGGAAGAGCAGCUUCAAGGUCUGCAGCCUGAUAUCAUGAAGUUCAUAUUCACUCCUUCCUGUGUGAAAAGUGAAUGUAAUCUGGAGGACCCACUUCAGUCCUUGACUCUUCCCCAAACCCAGACUGUGGAGAACCGAGAGAGAGACUCUAAACCAGUGGAUCUCAAACAUUUUGGCACUGUGACCCACAUUAAGGGUCUCAACAUUCCCUGUGACCCUCCAGAUAAUCAGAACAAUGCCUCCAGCCACAGUUCAGCUGUAAGCAGCGACCCAGUAGGACUUGACAGCAGCCCACCAUUGGAUCCCAGUCCACCAUUGGGGGAACACUGUUCCAAACCCAGCACCACGUCUAGAAAAACUAGCCACUUUCGUGACUGUGGUGAAACGUUUGCUCUGAAAGCUGACCUGCAGAGGCAUAUGACUCUCCCCAAGAAGAGACCCAGUGAAUGUCGCUUCAGCAAUAAACAGAACAAUUCCACCUGUAAACUGAAGGCCCAUGUCMGRCUCUGUCAUGGUGGGAAACCCUGCACCUGCCCUGUUUGUGGCAAGACCAUCAAAUACAAAGGAGAUCUGUCCAGGCACAUGAGUAUUCACACAGGAGAGAAACCAUUUAGCUGUGGUGACUGUGGGAAAAGCUUCAGUCAGAAGGGAAACCUGAACUUGCACAAACUGACUCACACGGGAGNAACCUGA